AUGAUUGGUUCAGAGAACCCUCCUUUAAACGAAAAUGGAAAACGAAGAGGAUAUAUUAAAGUGAUGAAAGAGUUAUGUGAUGAGCAGGGUUAUGAGUAUCUCAGUCUUUCUUGUCAAAAUCUGAGAGAUCAGGCAGCACGAUUAGAGAAAACAAUGGGGGACACAAUAGUAAUUAAUAGUGGCAAUGGAAUAAAAGUAAACGUUGAAACGCGUACGACUGAAGGAAGUUUAAAUUAUGGAAGUUCAAGUGGAAGCCAGCAUAAAAGCUCAAGUGGAAGUCAGCAUGAUAUUCAAUUCGAUGAUAUCAUAGAUAAUGCUAUUGAAGACCAAUACAAAGAUACAAUGAGAUCUCUACGUUCAACUUCUGCAAAUUCACAAGAGGGAAUAACCAUAAACAUAAGCUUUCCGGAACAUGAAAUAACAGAAAAGCCUGCCAUCAUUAAUGGAUAA